CGCCAUGUACGUUUCCGAACGGGUAAGCUUUCUCCUCGUCAGGAUCUCACACAGGGAUGAGUGGACCUUAAGUCGUUCUUGGUAAAUACCCCUAGGAGCUCUUUCUGGGAGACUUGAGUGAUUAUGUAUGCGACGUUAUGGCAAACCCCUUUUCUGUAGAUGCUUCUUGCGAUGGCCCUCUAGCUCGGACAUCACUUACUGUAAUCGUGCGCAAACAGUAGUAGAUCAAGUAGUCACCGGGAAGAUGGGUAAGAUGGCACGCACAAUUGCGCCAUCAUUCAACAUCACCAUUGGCCCCAACAGAACAAGAUUGUCGGCCGAGCCAUUUUCUUGCAAGGUAGUCGGCCGACAGCUCUCGGGAGGGAAGAGAGUUGAAACGCUAGCAAGCGGCAGAUACGAACGAACAGAGUUGGGCACUCAGCAGUAAUUAUGUGGUAGUAGGCACCACAUUGAUUUGGAUGAUGAUAUAGAUAGUAAUCACAAUAACUAUCUACAGAGGAAGAGUAGAAGCGGAGGAUGAACAAGAGGCCUGGCCUCGCACGGUUCGUCUCC